GUUUAAAUGACUGGCGGGGCGUGUAUUCACGUAUGGCAGAGUUGUUUUAACAAAUAUGUUAUUAUGGUAAUGCUAAUUAAAUGAUUCUGCUUUUUCUGUUUUGUAAGACAAACAAUGAUUACAAAAAAGAUCCGAUCGGAAUACAUGAAGAAAUUCAAGGACCCUAAAUGGGAAACCUACUCUAAGUGUUACGAAGAGAUGGUUAAAUACAGAUUAACGAGGAGACUUCUGGAACAUUCGCACAAUCCGUUUUUCUGGAACGAAGGGGACAGCGACUCGGAAUCCAGUGGCAGCCCCAUUCCUCUUAACAAAAACAAAGUUGAACCUCUAGUCGUGAAAGACCGAACCUCAUCAGGAUGUGACCGAAAGGCACCAGAGCACCGGGAGAUUCAAAAACCAUUUGAACAGAAUAUCCCUGCAUCAGAGGGAGCGCCACAUCCGCUGACAGAGAAUGUUCUGCCAGAGACCGCUCCAUCCAUUGAUGGCCAGGCUGUGGACACCAGGAAGGUUGGAGAAACAGAGGAGGAGAGGACAGGUAGAGCUCCAGAUGGGCCAAAACUCCCUGAGGAGGAGCCAGCAGAACAGCCCAAAGCCAAACACUCAAAGAGACCCCUCAAGCUUAGAGGUCCACUAAGGCGACUAAAAGAACCCAAUAAAGAGAACACACACCCGUUUGCCCUGUAUGGUGGGGGGGAUAAUCCUACUGAUAUGGCCACCAAGAAAACCCACAAUGUGCGUACUUCAUCUACCAAGGAGAUCCAUGAGUCUGCCUUGCGGGCCAAGACCAGGCGGGAAGUGGAGAGGCAGAUGCAGACACAGCAGGUGGACAGACGGCGAGCGCAGUCAGCUGACCUUGAAAAAACUGUCAAGACCCAAAUGGCAUCAGAUUAUAAUCCCUGGGUAACGGAGUACAUGCGCUGCUUCUCCACUAGGUCUCGAUAGACACAGACACACAGGUGCACGCACACAGACACACAGUUGCACGCACACAGAUACACAGGUGCACGCACACAGACACACAGGUGCACGCACACAGACACACAUGCUUACCGGGAUUGAUCAUUAACACCUGCGGGAUGACAUGGGUUGAAUCAUCAAAGUGUCGUCCUCCCACCUUGACUCCUUCUCAAAACCCAUUGGAGGAAAAGGUUCCUCACGUCUGGUGGCCAUCUGACAAGGAGGAGAUGUGAAAGAACAUGAGGAAUAAAGGAGAGUCUAGACUGAGGAAGAUCCAGAGGACACAUAGAUUCUCCCUGGUGGACAGGACCAUCCCCUGUCUCUCACAAGAUCAUUUUCCAGGAUUAAUAGCACAAUUCCAUUGUACGCAAUAGUGGUUAAACACGCUAUUCUUAUUGCUUCUAGAUCACCGGAUUGAUUUGACAUUAGAGAGAAGACAUGUCACAUUUCAUUGAAAUCAUGCACAGUAGUACUUCUCCCCGCCCCAAAAAUAUUUGUUCGGGAAAUCAUAUUCUGACUAGAAUUAUGAGUAUGACAACGUCAGGCUAGCACAGUAGGUUACUAGGAUAGCUUUCUCACACACAUUACUGUCUUGUACAUGUACGCAAUCCUAACUCAACAGCUCUCUUUGUUGGCACCUAGAUAUUGAAAAAAGUGUGGAACAAUAUGGCUGCACACAAGGUGAUGUCUAUGUAUGUCUGCUUACAGGACCAAAUCUGCUUCCAAAGGUGACCACAAUAGCACUUUCCUUUUGAGAAACGUAACUGUACAUAGAGAAAGCGAUUAGAAUCAUUUUUACUUGGCCUCAAGGUCCGUUUACUUGACAGUGUUUAGUGUAACUCGUUGUUUUGUGUGGGUAUUACUAUAAUUUUCCAGUAUUAUUAUUUUAAAACAAGUACAUCUAUUUAAGUCCAGACAUACCUAGCUAGAUGGAGUAAUGUGAAAUUGGAUAAUAAGCCAUUGUUGAAAAUGUGUGCAACAUUACAAAGUUCUGUACAGAUGCUUCUAGCUUAUUCAGUCCACCAGCAGCACCAUCUAACUUAGCGCGGGUAUAGGUAUGAGAUGCAAUAAUAAUUCAUUCUGAAAUUGGAAGAUGUUAGGAUUACUCACAGCUUUGCUGUGUCAGAGUAAUGGCUCAUUGCUCAUGUGUUACUAAAGUACAUAAAUAACAACAAAUGUUUGUUUUGACAGAAGAAACACCUUCAGCCAGACAUAUAAUAGUUAACUUGCAAAUAUAAGGGUCACUACUAUUUUGGUGUUAGACGUUAUUUUGUACACACAUUUAAAUGUCAACAUUUCUACACAUUUGAUUGUCAUCACAACUGUGAGAAAAAAAGAUUUUAGUGUGGAUGUUGGGAUGCUAGGCUCUGAAUAAAGCACUUUGGGAAUG